AUUUCCUCCGGGCGUCAGGAGCCUCUGCCGAGGCGGGUGGGAGGAUGAGCAGCGGCAAGGAGGCACCAUCCAAGGGAGCUUGUGGAGCCCACUAGCUGAUUACAGGAGCUGAACAUAUCCCAGGGGACUUUCAAGCAGAGGGAACAGCACAGGCAGCCUGCUCAGGAGCCAACAUGGAGCAGAAGAUCAGCUCCUUCUUUAAUUCCAUCUUGGAGCUCAUCCGCACCAAGCAUGAGGAAGGGAUCUUCAACACUGUCUGCCUGGCUGUGCUGUUGGGUCUGCCAUUUGUCGUCCUCAUUGCAUUCAUUUUCAUCUGCUGCCACUACUGCUUCUGUAACAGGCGGAGAAAAAGCAGGAAGAAAGGUGGCCCCAGCAGCAAUGGGCAGCUGCGUGCUGAGAGGAACAAGAAGAAAAAGAAAAAGAAGAGGGAUGAAGAGGACCUGUGGAUCUCAGCUCAGCCCAAGCUGCUCUUGCUGGACAAGAGACCCUCCUUGCCCAUCUAGUGGACAGGAGGGCAUAGAAGCCCUCUCCUUUGAGAUGCCACCAGUCCUUUCAGCUCUGCACUGCAAGGGGUGAGGAGAUGCCAAAGCUGCUGCCACUUCAUGUUGACUUUCAAAGGAGGCUGAGCUCAGCAGCCAGCCAGCAUGUUUAAGAGCCAGCAGAGAGCAGGCACAGGUAUAUGCAAGCCCUUUCUCCCCCACCAUGACAGUGUGCCUGAGAGCAGAUCCCCCUGCAAACAACAGGCAUGCAUAUAAACAUGUGCUCUGCUGAGCACCUGAUGGUGACCUGCCACCAAGCUAUGUACAUCCCACCAUGAGCACAGCACACAUGCACUGGGCUGGCAUGCAGUGAGCUGGGUGUGAGGCUCUCUCUGCACUUAUAUGCAAGCACAUGAACUGUGGCACUGACAAGGGUGCAUAAGACUGCAUGCACAAAAAGACCAAGCUGCCUGCACGCUCCCCCUGCACAAAUAUAGACAGCCACACAGGAAGCAAGCACAGGCAUGGCACAUUUGCUUGCACUGCCACAGGACGGCACAACUUGACUGUCUAGACUUCAUCCAAACCCAGUGUACACUGGAGACGCAAAGAAAACUAAGUGCAGAGUUACCCUAGGCUCAAAGAUGUGCCAUCGCCCUGGCCACCAAACCAAAGGCAGCUGUGAGCAUCUGAAGCCAGAUGCCUUCAGCCCAGCCUUAGAGACCUCAAGGCACCAUCUUAAUGCAGCAAAGCAGAAGGACACAUUGCUACCUAAGCUAGAGGCAGGAAGGAGAGAGGAGGCUUCAAGACUGACCUUUUCGCACCAGCACUUAAAAACAGAACUAAAAAAAUCCUCCUUGAAAGACUGUUUUAUAUAGACUUGCCUUUAAAGAGCCCACCAUGCUACUGCAAGAUGGAAACACAAGCUGAGGCUGUGUAAAGACUUAGCUAUGGGCAUUAGAGUUAUUUAUUGAAUGACUACUAAAGAAGAGCAGGACCAAAGGCCCCUGUGUUAUGAGGCUAGGCACACCAAAGUGGUAUUGAAGCAGCAGACAUGCUUUCCCGGCACAGUUGGCUGUCCCCUCUCUCUGCAGCCUUUGUGCCACACAUUAGACAUGCAGAGGGCUUCGGUACAGCUGUCAAGCCAGCCGGCUCUGGGAUUUGCUGUAGAAGUAGAGAAGAAUAAAGUUCAUGUCCACAGUCAUUCCUUAUCUAGAAAUGCAUUGUACAGCCCUCUCCAUCUUUAUCUCCCUUGGACACAUGAUGGCUUGGCUGGGCACAGUAGCUAAUGACCACAUGCGGCUCUCACCCCUACUUUGGUUUUCACCCUCUGCUCCCCCUGAGCCUGAGUGCGGAGCCUCCUGCUGAGGAGUUUGGGAUCUCCUCUGCUCCCUGAUCCACCAGGCUUUGUCUCCCUGAACUUGCUUUACCAGGAAGAGAUACCUGCAUGUGACAAGAAGCCCCAUCACAUCUGGCUUUUGCCCUGCAUCUGUACACUGGAUAUUUUUCUCCCAUUUUCUUCCAGCUCUUAAGCUGCUGGAGCAGACCAGAGCUAACACCCAGAACCAGACAUCUAGGGGCCAAGCAGCCAAACCAAAGUAGGCAAGGCUGGAUGGAGCUGCCAGACACAGCCACUUCCAGCCCAGGCAAGGGCAAUGCCACCUUCCCCCAGCUCCCAGGGCCCACCCUGACAGGGAGCAGAGUCUCCAGUUCGAAGCAUCUGCUUGUGCCACCCAGUCCCAGCACAGCCUGUUUUGUCUGAUGUGGACAGGGUGGUGAUGCUAACAACACGUCAUGGGGUUUGGCUGUGUGUGGCUGUGCUAGGAACAGCUGGGAGGCCAGGCUUCUCCUUGCAUAGCUGUUGAAAUUGACCCCAUAUGUGCCUUCUUUUCUAGCUUGCUAUGUUACCAUCAAAAUAAGCAUCUUCCUUCUCCUCCAAAACAGGAAGUAGCAUAUAACGCUAUAAAAAAUAGGAUUUGCCACACCUAAGCCUAGAGAGAAACAGGCAGGAGUAGCUCUGGUCUCUGUCUCAAACCAUCAGUCCAGUCAGGACCCUGGGGAACCAGCACUGCACUUCUAUUACCCUUUCCCUCCUUUUCCCCAUUCAAGCACUUUUGCCAGUCCUCCUGCCUCUGUUCUCACCAGGUGGGCAAAGCAGCCUUCUUCCAGGGGCAGGAAAGCUGCACAUGCAGGUGCUCCUGUCGCAAUCCAGAGACACCAGCAGCCCCGGAGCAAAGGGAAACACCAUGGGAGGCCAGAAGCUUACUCAAACAAGCAGGGGCACAAAGGUAGCAAGUGCUGGCAGAGCAUUGCCUACCUGGUGUAGAGCUGCUGGGCUUUGCACAGCUCCCUGCCAGAAGGUCCUUCUCUGGAAGUGACAGUGAGCAAUAUUUCAGGUGAGGGCAGCCAGUUUCUACAAGAACCAGAGAGCUAUCAAGGAAAGUGUUUGAUCACACACACAACAUACCUGAUCCAGGUUUUGGGAAGUUCAGAGCCAGGUCUAAAUGUCAAGAUCUCUCCAAAAUCAUCAUUCAGACUGAGCAGGAAGGGAUCAGGAUACAGCCCUGCCCUCAUCCACCAGACCAGUGGAUGGUCCCAGCCUCUGCACUCCAUAAAGCACGGGGGCUGACUUGCUUGGGGGCUGCUGUUUUACCCAAACCAUGCACUGAAUCAGCUGCCUCUCGAGGCAAAAGCAAAAGAGCAACAACAGCCUGAGGUGUACUGCAACCCAUCACCCAUCAGCAGGGCAGCAGCAACCCCACAGCACAACUAACACAGCAGAAGGAGAUGCAUGGUACAGAAACUCCACUGCAUGGGUCCCCACUCUCCAGCCAUCUCUACACUGCCCCCCAUAACUGCAUUUCAGUAUCAACCUUCUAUUUUCCUAAACAGUCCAUACAACAGAGAGGAAAACAAAAAAUUUUUCUGCAGUUAUUUUUUUAAACCAAAAAUAAAUGACUCUUGAACUGCAAACAAA